GUUGGAAACCCACAUCACAACACUGCCGCUGUCUGAAGUCUGAUUCUCCGAUUCUCUGUAGUCCAGUGAACACUAAAAGAAGAAAUCUAAGAAGCCUUCGCAUUGAAAACUGAAAGUCUGAAACAAUGGGGAGGCUUAGAGCAAUGAGCGAUUACGAAAGCCUCCGAAAUGCCCGAAUAUCAGAGAACCAGGCUCGUUUGGCGUCUCUCGGACUGGAGAAGAAAGUCGGUGAACUUCGAGCUAUUGUUUCCCCUGCGAAAUCCGCCAAGACUCCUGUGCGUAAGUACCCUAGAAAAUCAGUCUACGGAUGCACGUCUUUGCGCCGUUCAGAUCGACUGAAAGGAAAAUCCGUCGACCCAAAGUCUGAGCUACAUUCUUUGCGUCGUUCUGAUCGUUUGAAGGGAAAAUUCGGUGACCCGAUUUCAUCUCAAGAAGUUGCUCUUUCAGAAUCGAAGCCCCGGAGGUUAUUUAGUAAAGGGGAAGGAGAAGAAGGAGAGGAAAAGAGGCGAGCGAACGCACCUUUCGUGAAUGUAGAUGUUUCAGAGCUAAGACGACUUUCUCCCGAUGUUUUAGCUCGCCGUUGUGAUAGCAAAACCAGGGGAAGCAUCUACGACCCCGUUAUCGGAAUUUGUUGCCACUUCUGCAGGCAAAAAAAAUUGUGUGGUGAAGAAGAUUGCAAGCGGUGCGGAAAUCUUGAUAUAGAUCAGCCAUGCUUGGGGAAGACAGAUUGUUCCGUGUGCCAUUCUACCAAUGGUGUCCUUUGUCGAGCUUGUCUCAAAGUUAGAUAUGGUGAAGACAUGGAAGAGGUGCAACGGAACAAGGAAUGGAUGUGCCCACACUGCAUAGAAGAAAAAGGAAUCAAUCCAUUUUGGAUAUGCAAUAGUUCAUUAUGUCUGAAGAAGCGAAAGAUGGUGCCUACUGGGAUAGCCAUUUUCAAAGCUCGAGAAGAGGGGUACAAGUCCGUAGCACAUCUAAUUAUGGACCAGCUUCAACGGGCAGCUAAGGGCAAAAGAUGAUCUCUCAGAGAACAAUCCAAAGGGCAAUUCAGAGAGUUGCAAGGUUUCGGCUUAUGUAGAACUAAUUAAGCAGCAAAUUUUUGGGAACAAUUUUUCUGACAUGUAAUAACCCAUUGUAGGAUUGAAUUAGUAGAUGCUGGAGUUGAGUUGUAUCCUCAAAAUGUCUUCAGUUUUAAUAGAUUUUGGUUAUGGACGGUGAGGUUUGAGAUUA